AUGCCAAAAGUCGUCCACGUCACUGGAACAUUUUACGAAGUGGGAUAUCAAAUUGGCGUUAUUUUUCGUGAGAGGAUCUCCAACUUCUUUGCUGACCUGACCUUGGUACAAGAAAUACUCUUACCAUUCUCUGAAACUGAGAAAGGUUCUGAGAUUUACGAGGACUAUCUUAAAGCAGCAAAGACAGUGUUUCCUCAGUAUGUACAAGAAAUGCAAGGAAUGUCCGAUGCCACUGAUGUACCAUUCAAACAGGUGUUUCUUCUUCACAUAAGCCAUGAGUUAAUGUUGCUAGGGCAGGGUGGUCCUGCAAUUCUAGGCUGUAUGAAUAUAUUAGUGAAUUACGAAGAAGAGUCUGGGGCACGGCAGGUGCUGAUUGGACGUAAUGAAGAUGCCCCCACAGUAAUGAAGGAACAUGCUUACAUACUGGAGGCAGAAAUCAGCGAACCUGAUAAGCCUUGGCGUAAUGAAAAUUUCACUGCAUAUACGUACCUAGGUAUGAUACCUGGACUGUGCUAUGGUUUUAACUCGCAUGGUUUGGCAUUCUCAGCCACUGCCGUCUUCCCUCAGAACGUACUGACAGGAGUCACAUCACCUGUACACUUUGUGGCAAGGAAAUUAUUAUCUUCACAGACAAUGCAGGAAGCUAUCGAUUUACUCACUGAGAGUAACGCCGCAUCUGGUAUCAGUGUAAACAUAGGAACAACAAAUUCAAAUGAUGUCAGCAAAUUACCCCGAAUUGUCAACGUUGAAAUUGCACCAAAACAGGAUAAUCAUGUAUGUGAUUGCAAUAUACAUAAGGUAGACCGCAGCAACAUUAGGGAAAACUACUUUUAUUAUCACCUUAAUAUGUACAAACAUGUCAAGUUGAAACAUAAAGCAGACCAAAGCUCAAUGGCUGGCACUGAGAGGGUGUCAAAUUUACCAGUCCCUACAGAUAUAGAAGGUGUUCUCAAUAUCCUUGGUGAUGAAGAUGGUACCGAUUUUCGUAUUUACAAAUCAUAUUCAGGGAAAGAUGGAUGCUCCACAAUUUCAACCGCACUCUUCGACCUGAUUAACUGUACGCUGCUGAUUUAUCUAGAGAAUCCAAUGGUGAACAGACAUCCACGGAUAACGUUUUCAAUUCCUCGCAAAAAGGAUGGUACCUGA